UGGAUAUAUAGGCUUGUGCAUUGACUCCGCUUGCAACAGAAUCAAGAGUUGGUCUUCAAGUUGAGAGAAGUCAACUUAGUGUUUGAUAUAUAUAUAUAUAGCUCUAUUUUUUUGCAAGGUGAUUAUCACUGAAGGGGACCAUGGUUAUGUUGAAGAUCUCUGCUUUCCUUGUUACCUAUGCCCUGGUCAUAUGCCAGAUGUACAGCUCACAAGCGGCCCCUGCCAGACCGGGCAUAGACUCCAUGACAGAUCACGUCACACUCACGGACUAUGAGGCACGGAGGUUACUCAACGCCAUAGUCAAGGAGUUUAUGCAGAUGACAGCCGAGGAGCUGGAGCAGCAAGUCAACGAAGGCAAUAGCAGCGUUACAGCACAGAAGCGAGCCUGCAACACAGCAACCUGCGUGACUCACCGCCUGGCUGACUUCCUGAGCCGGUCAGGAGGCAUGGGCAACAGCAACUUUGUCCCCACCAACGUAGGCUCCAAGGCCUUCGGCCGGCGGAGGAGAAACACCCAGAUGUGAGCAUUCCAACCACCUUCAGGGAUAUGAGGUUGAACCUUCUCAGUGUGAGGACAUCAGAGUAACUGGGGAAAAAACAUCAACUACAAAUUCAAAAUAAACUGAGAUCACUGGCCCUUCAGUCUCCAACAGUCUUCAAAAAUUGAGACAACAUACUCCACUAAUGUUAUGAACCUUUCAUUUUUACUUUUGGCAAAGAAGAAAAAAAAAAAAAAAAACACCAUCCAAAGUUAUGUACAUAAACAAAUGACUCCUUAUAAUUUUUUUUUUUUUUUACACAUUUUCAUCAGAAAUAAAGAAAGAGCAGAAGUGGUUCUUUAUUAUUAUGUUUCUCUAUCUCUCUCUUUACUUACAGCACAUUUGUACCAUGUGACCCCUUAUAAGACCCAUCAUUCCUUUCCCUCGUCCCUGUCCCUGGCAGCACCUGUUUGCUGUUCUCCUGAGGGACGCCAUUAAAGAUCAGCCUUCCCUAGGCUCCCCCUCAAUGGCUGUGUCUUGUGCCUUGAUGUAGAACACUUUACAUGACAUGAUUGUACAGUAUGUUUCCAGAUACAAAGAAGACAAGAAUGAAGAGGAGAAAAAAAAAACGUAUUCCAGAGAUUAAUAUUGUAACGAUUGUGAAA